AAACUAAAAGUCAAACUCCGUUUGUCAUAUUAAUUACUUUAUACACUCGCUACUUUGAUAAGCUGCAUAGCAAAGCCCAUAUAGAUAGGCAGGAGGAUGAGAUAACAUCAAAACCAACACCAACACGCGGGCCGAGGCUCACCAUUUCCACAGAACCAUGUGCACCUUAGAGAAGCGUGGAAACCUCUUCUUCCUCACUCUCACCGGCGACGACGACCACCGUCUAAGUCCGGCCGUCAUCGAUUCCCUCAUCUCCUCUCUCUCUCAGGUCGCCUCCCAAGCCACCCGCGGUUCCGUCCUCAUCACCACCGCACAGGGCAACAGGUUCUUCUCCAACGGCUUCGAUCUCGCCUGGGCCCAAUCCGCAGGCUCCAAAUCAGUCGCUGCGGACCGUCUCCACCAGAUGGUCGUCUCCUUCAAACCGGUUGUCGGAGCUCUUCUCUCUCUUCCGAUGCCAACCAUCGCCGCCUUACCCGGCCACGCCGCUGCCGGAGGAUUCCUCUUCGCUCUCUGCCACGAUUACAUCCUCAUGAGGAGCGAUAGAGGCGUGCUGUACAUGAGCGAGGUGGACUUGGGGCUUCCGUUCCCGGAUUACUUCACGGUGGCGAUGAGGUCGAAGAUCGGAUCGGUGUCGGCUCGGAGGGACGUGAUGCUGGGAGGGAUGAAGAUCAGGGGCGAGGAAGCUGUGAGGAUGGGGAUCGUGGAUUCGGCGCACGAUAGCGUGGAGAGCACGGUGGAGACUGCGGUGCGCCUGGGGGAGAAGUUGGCGUCGAGGAAGUGGGACGGUGAAGUGUACGCCAAGAUUAGGAAGGGGUUGUACCCGGAGUUAUGUGGCGUGCUUGGAUUGGCUGCCAAAGUCAUUACUCCGAAGCUUUGACAACAAAAUUCUUUUUUUUUUUUUUUUUUUUUUUGCUAAAUAGAAACGGUUUACAAAACCCAAAAUGCCCAAAGGCUAACUGCCUACAAAGGGGAGAUAGGUGGUAAGCCACUCUCCUGGGCAACAAAAAAAGGAUAAACCAGGGAAAACAAUCCAGUUUAAUAUGACCUACAAGGCUUUUUUCCUGACACCAUUUGCUGACAAAAUGGGCUACACAAUUUCUUUCUCUAGGGAUCCAUGCAAAACGAACAUCUUUGAAACAGGUUUUUAGCCGGAUAAUAGUUUCUAGAAUUCCAUCUGCCAACCAGUGGUUUGAAUGAAAGGCUUGGUCGUUUAUGUUAUCAAUGGCUGUCUUAUUUUAUCUAAGACAAUUAUCUGCUUUUAAUUGCUUUUAUUUAGAUACUGGAAUAAGACCCUCUUUUUCUACAUAA